UCUGGUUCUUGGCCCUGGCAGGUCUCUCUUCAGCUGCCUAGUGGUUUCCACUUCUGUGGAGGAUCUCUGAUCAACCAGAACUGGGUUCUCACUGCUGCCCACUGCGCUGUCGUGGUCGGCUAUCACCGUGUCAUUCUUGGAGAACAUGAUCGUGGCUCCAGUGUUGAACCCAUCCAGGUCAAAUUAGUUUCCAAGGUCAUCACCCAUCCGCUCUACAGCAGCACGACUAUCAACAAUGACAUUGCUCUGCUGAGACUGUCGUCUCCAGUCAGACUGACUCCCCGUAUCUCUCCUGUAUGUCUGGCUCCAUCAACCAUCAACAUUCUGCCUGGAACCCGCUGCUUCACCACUGGCUGGGGUAGAACUGCCACCACGUCGAGCCCUCUGAUCCUACAGCAAACAGGUGUACCCAUCAUAAGUCCUGCUGUGUGCAG